AGAGAUUGAGCAAAUUGGACUAUAUGAUCUGGUAAUGAGCUCGCUCGCAAUAAAUGUCUUUUUUGGAAUCUUUCGAGUUGAGCUUACGAGCUCACCCUUGUGUUUUGUCAAGUUUGGUCAAGUUUUCCUUAGACCUUCAAUCUCUUAGGGGUGAGGUUUAUGGCCUCACCCAUGUGAAUUUCAAAAUUUGCCAAAAUUUGUCAAGUUUUCCUUGGACCUUUCGUCCUCUAGGACAAGAACAAAAAGAAUAAGCAAUGAGCUUGCUGCACGCAUCUUAGAAUGGCGUUCUCUCGACCCAUACAUGAAUUACCCCACACUAGGGAAUGUGGAUAUGGAGUUAAAAAGUAGGAUUUUACGCUACAUUGAGGAAGAGGGCAUCAUGGACUUGAACACCCUAGUUACUCUGGAGCAGUUGGCAUUUAGCCCAAGUGUGCAUGAAUGGCUCUUUGGAUUGAACGCUUUCUGGGAUGUUGUUACCACUGCCACAAUGAACACCAUCAUUGAGAGCUACAACAAGGUUUGUGGCAAGGUGUUGCAACACCAACCAGACCUUUUGAUCAAUGAACUUGCCUUCAUGGAUGGAGAGGAAAUUAAUGAGCAAGGAAAAAGCCUUACCCCACCAUUCGAGACUACUAGCAACGUACGGUGGACAUUGGAUGACGAUGGAGCCCUAUUAUUUCCUCCUAACGUGCUCAAAGAAGGUGACGAGCAUGAUACUUCCCAAAACUUUACCAAUUGGGUUGCUAGGAUGCCUCCAUUAGAAGCUAAGACCUCUUCUUCUUCUUGGCUACCUCCUCCCUCAACGCCAACAAAUGCCUCAAUUGAAUCUAUGCCUCAAGUUGAUCUUAUGAAUGAGCAGGAUUAAUAGGAUGUGUGGUGUUUUAUUUGUUUUUGCUUUUUGGAUUUUUGUAUUGUUAAAACUCUAUUUUUAUUCAUGUUUAAGUUUAUAAGGAGUGAAUGUAACUAAUUUGUAAAAUUAAAGCAUGAAAUAAAAACACAAUAUUUUU